AUGUCGCAAAAUAUUCCGAUAGAUAAAGAUAAGAAGGUAGCAGCAGCUCCGCGUUUGAGCGGUUCCAUCGAUAGGGAUGCUUCAUCUUUAGAACAAGAACCAUCGAAGAUUUUUGUAAAAACAAAACCCAAGACUUCUGUAACUCCAUCAUUAGUCUCCGUUUUGUCUCGAGGUAGAUCUAUCAGAUCCAAUACAUCACGUACUACACCUAAUCUUUCGGCCGCUAGUGAUGGAGUUGAUGCUAACGCAUUGUUGCUCGAAAGUAUGAAAAUGCAGAAUAUGCAUAUACUGGAAUCUAUGAAAAUACAGAAAGAGCAGGCAACUAAAGCCCUAGAAAUGCAGAUGGAAUCUAUGAAACUACAGAAGGAGCAGGCAGAGGAAGCUUUGGAAAUGCUAACAAAGGCUAUAAUUCGAGUUAUGGAUAAGCAACAAAGCUCAUCUCGAACACAGCUAUUGUCGGCUAAUACGCUGACAGCAGCCUCUAGAGAUGUUAUUACCGCAAUUCCUGGAGCUUCUAAAGCUCAAGUUUCGAUCUUUGCCCGCACAGCUGUUGUAUGCUUACGACUCUGA